AUGUCGAAUCCGCUAAUGGACGAUCCUCUUCCAUACCUAAACCACCCCAACCGCUCCUCCUCCUCCUCUUCCUCCCCUGUGGAGGUUUCCGAUCCCGACAGUUCCCUCCUUGACACCCCACAAAUCGGCAGCGCCUCCGGCAGUUUCCAGAACGAGGAAUUUCUUGCCGGAGGCGGUUUCGAUGCCGGAUUGAUUAACGAGGCUGAUUAUGGAUUUUUCCGCCCCGAUUUCCGACAGGGCUCGCUUGUGGGAACCGUUGAUCUCUACGACCGCCAUGUUUUUCUUUGUUACAAGAACCCACAGGUCUGGCCUCCGCGAAUUGAGGCCGCGGAGUUCGAUCGGCUACCCAGGCUUCUUGCUGCCGCUUUGACUGCUCGGAAAGCUGAUAUGAAGAGACAGACCCGCUUAACAAUAUGUGAGGGACGUGAUGGAACUGAGACAUCAAAUGGCGAUGUGUUAAUCUUUCCAGACAUGAUCAGAUACAGGAGAUUAACACAUUUUGAUGUCGACACAUUUGUUGAGGAAGUGUUCGUUAAGGAUGGUGAGUGGUUGCCUGGAAGCCCAGAAGCUCUAAGAGGUUGGUACAUCUUUGUAUGUUGCCAUGGUACAAGGGAUAGACGAUGCGGAAUUUGUGGACCUUCCGUGAUUAGCAGAUUCAAAGAUGAGAUAGAGUCUCGUGGUCUGCAAGGUAAAGUGUCCGUCAGCCCAUGCUCACACAUUGGAGGGCACAAGUAUGCUGGAAAUGUGAUCAUAUUUGGACCAAAUGGUAAAAAAGAAGUCACGGGUCACUGGUAUGGAUAUGUUAUGCCUGAUGAUGUACCUGUUUUGCUGGAACAGCAUAUUGGGAAAGGAGAAAUUGUAGAUUGUCUAUGGAGGGGACAGAUGGGAUUAUCAGAAGAAGACCAGAAAAAAUCGCAGGAACUAAGGCUACAGGUACAUAGUGGGACCAAUGUGGAAACAAGCAUAAAUGACUCAACACAAACAAAUGAGGCGAGUGCAAAUAUGUUUGGAUCUCAUUUGGAGGGCACAAGAUGUUGUCAAGCAAAUGAAGGCUCCCCUUGCUGUCAAAACCCUACUUUUCAAGAAAAGGAGGGUUCUGAUUUAUCCAAGAGGGCAGCAAAACUUACAGACGAAAUGAAGAACUCCAAGAAGCAAGUUUCUCAAAGCAAUAGUGGCAAAAGAGCUGGCACUAGGAAGGUGUGCUCGAUGCCUACAUGGUAUGAAUGCUGGGAGCGUGAAGACACCUAUACUGCACUUGCUGUUAUAGGCGCUGCUAUGUCAGUUGCCUUUGCCUAUAACUGCUACAAGCAGUUGGGCUAA